GUCCCCUCUCAUUCCUCCUUUCUAUAGUAUCUACAGAAAAGAUACACGCCACCAUGUCCAUCCUCUCCAUGGUCGAAGACCGACCCACCCCCAAAGAAGUCUACAACUGGCGCAUCUACCUCCUGGCCGCCGUGGCCUCCUGCACAUCAUGCAUGAUCGGCUAUGACAGCGCCUUCAUCGGCACCACCAUCUCGCUGGACUCCUUCAAGGCCGAGUUCCACUGGGAUGCCAUGUCCACAGCCACCCAGGAUCUCGUGAGUGCGAAUAUCGUCUCGUGCUACCAGGCGGGGGCGUUCUUCGGGGCGUUCUUCGCGUACCCGAUUGGGCACUUUUGGGGGAGGAAGUGGGGGCUGAUGCUCUCGGCGGUGGUGUUUAUGCUCGGGUCGGGGUUGAUGUUGGGGGCGAAUGGGGAGCGUGGGUUGGGGCUGAUUUAUGCGGGGAGAGUGUUGGCUGGGUUGGGGGUUGGGGCUGGGUCGAAUUUUACGCCCAUUUAUAUUUCGGAGUUGGCGCCCCCGGCGAUUCGAGGGCGGUUGGUGGGGGUUUAUGAGUUGGGGUGGCAGAUUGGGGGGCUGGUGGGGUUUUGGAUUAAUUAUGGUGUCGAGCAGACGAUGGCUCCCAGUCACAAACAGUGGAUCAUCCCCUUUGCGGUGCAGUUGAUCCCCGCCGGGUUACUGAUGAUUGGUAUCCUCUUGGUCAAGGAGUCCCCCCGGUGGCUGUUCAUGCGUGGUCAGCGGGAAGAGGCCAUUCGGAAUCUCUGCUGGAUUCGUCAGAUCCCGCAGGAUCAUAUUUAUAUGAUCGAGGAGAUCGGGGCCAUUGAUCAGACGCUGGAGCAUCAGCGGUCCACCAUCGGGCUCGGCUUCUGGAGACCGUUCAAGGAGGCCUGGACCAACAAGAAGAUCUUAUAUCGGCUGUUCCUGGGCAGUAUGUUGUUCUUCUGGCAGAACGGAUCCGGCAUCAACGCCAUCAAUUACUACAGUCCGACGGUGUUCAAGAGCAUCGGACUCAAGGGUAACAGCGCCAGUCUGCUGACGACCGGCAUCUUCGGCGUGGUCAAGACGGUCGUCACCAUCAUCUGGCUGCUUUACCUGAUCGACCGUGUGGGUCGACGUCUGUUGCUGCUGAUCGGAGCCGCUGGAGGGUCCGUCUGCAUGUGGAUUGUGGGGUCGUACAUCAAGGUGGUCGAUCCCACGCACAACACCAGUGAUCGUCUCAACGGGGGUGGUGUGGCCGCCAUCUUCUUCUUUUAUCUGUGGACGGCGUUUUACACGCCCUCCUGGAACGGCACGCCCUGGGUCAUCAAUGCCGAAAUGUUCGACCCCAACGUGCGAUCCCUGGCACAAGCCUGCGCCGCCGGAUCCAACUGGCUGUGGAACUUCUUGAUCUCGCGCUUCACGCCGCAGAUGUUCGCCGCCAUGGACUAUGGGGUAUACUUUUUCUUCGCCACUCUGAUGCUGCUGUCCAUCCCGUUCGUAUACUUCCUCAUCCCGGAAACCAAGGGCAUUCCGUUGGAAAACAUGGACCCGUUGUUCGAGACCAAGCCUGUGUGGCGCGCCCACGCGACGGUGUUGGCCCAGAUUCACGAGGACGAGGAACGCUUCCGCCACGAUUUGGAGGAGAGUGGUUAUUCGAAGGGAAAUGUUGAGCAGGUGGAGACUGCAUGAUGCCUCUUCUGCCUGCGCCUGCAGCAGUGAUGUAGUCU